UAAUGAAAUCUCAAAGUCCACACCAAGGAACAAAACACACAAAAGCCUUAUAUAGAACAACCAUUGUAUAUUUUCUCUACCUUACAUACUCUUUUUUUCCCAAUUAUAUGGAUAGAGUUAAGGAUUUGGCAUCAAAGAAGGCAGCAGUAAUAUUCACAAAGAGUUCAUGUUGCAUGUGCCAUAGCAUCACACAAUUGUUCUAUGAGCUUGGAGCAAGCCCUGCAGUUCAUGAGCUUGACAAUGAUCCCUAUGGAAGGCAAAUGGAAUGGGCCUUGAGAAGCUUGGGAUGCAACCCUUCAGUCCCAGCAGUCUUCAUUGGUGGAAAAUUUGUAGGCUCUUCAAAAGAUGUUAUAUCCCUCCAUGUUGAUGGUUCCCUCAAACAAUUGCUCAUGGAUGCUAAAGCCAUAUGGUUUUAGUACCUACCUAACUAGCUUGCAUCAACUAAAUCUCUGUUUAAAGACGAAAAUACAGAUAAAUUGGAUAGGCAUAAAUCUAUUUAGAAAAAGAGAUAAAAAAUAUCUCUAUUCUAAAUAGAUUUUUCAGUAUUUAUAUUAUUUAAAAUACAAAAACAAUAGAGACAGAUUUUUCCGUCUCUAUUGUCUCAAUAUAUAAUUCUGUAUUUUUGUCGUAAAAUAUAUGUCGAACAGAGUUUAAAAAG